AUGACAGUGAAAUUUUGGAUGGGAGUGUUGCUGGGUGCAAUAACACUGAUUGGUCUUGUUCUGACAACUAUUGUGAUGUUUGCCGUUGUCAAAUUGGGUAUUUUCAAACGUAAAAGUCCCAUAUACCUUAUCUCGGCGGCUAACAUGCUCUGCGAUAUCAUACAGCUCAUAUUGGCAAUCGGUUAUCUUGUUCCAUCCAUAAUCACCAAUAGCUGGUUGUUCAAAGAAGAACGAAAUGAUGGAUUUGUGCAAUUUCUUGGAGCUGUUUUUCUCUUCUGUUGGUACUACGGCUCAGUCGCGCAAAUUCUCAUGGCUGUGAACAGGGUAAUCGUGAUUUGCGUGCGCUCCAAUCGCUUCUUCUCGCAUCAAAAUGUGCUUAUCAUUGUUAUUAUUCUUUAUCCGAUAGCAACAUUUGUUGCUUGGUUAUCUCAAUACGUCAGCCCAUGCUGCCAGUACGUAAGAUUCCGAUUUGUGGUUCCGGUAAACUGA